GGGGGCUGCGGCCGGCAGGGCGGGGCGCGCGGCGCGAGGUGAGGCCCCGCGUGCUGGACGCCGGGGGGAGCGCUUUCCUAGGAGUCAUCACCCAGCCGUCACCCGGACUAGCUUUGCGCGGGGAGGCCAGACAGCCAGAGCCCCGACGGCCCGGGGGCCCGAAGAGUAGUAGGACUCAGGCGGCUCGCGGGGCCGGGCCAUGGCGCUCGACUUCCUGGCUGGAUGCGCUGGAGGUGUGGCAGGUGUGCUUGUGGGACACCCUUUUGACACAGUCAAGGUGCGGCUGCAGGUACAGAACAUGGAGAAGCCCCAGUACCGAGGGACUCUGCACUGCUUCCAGGCCAUCAUCAAGCAGGAGAGUGUGCUGGGCCUGUAUAAAGGCCUGGGCUCACCACUAAUGGGGCUCACCUUUAUCAAUGCCCUGGUGUUCGGGGUGCAAGGCAACACCCUUAGGGCCCUGGGUCAAGACUCCCCACUCAAUCAGUUCCUGGCUGGUGCAGCAGCAGGUGCCAUUCAGUGUGUCAUCUGCUGCCCCAUGGAACUGGCCAAGACAAGGCUGCAGCUGCAGGAUGUGGGCCCUGCUCGAACCUACAAGGGCUCCCUGGACUGCCUGGUACAGAUUUACCGGCACGAGGGCCUGCGUGGCAUCAACCGAGGCAUGGUGUCCACACUUCUGCGCGAAACGCCUAGCUUUGGUGUCUACUUCCUCACCUACGACGUACUGACACGCGCCAUGGGCUGUGAGCCAGAUGACCGCCUGCUGGUGCCCAAGCUGCUGCUGGCAGGGGGCACGUCAGGUAUCACAUCCUGGCUCUCCACCUAUCCUAUGGACGUGGUUAAGUCACGACUGCAAGCCGAUGGGCUGCGAGGAGCCCCUCGCUACCAUGGCAUUGUCGACUGCAUGCGGCAAAGCUACCAGGCUGAGGGCUGGCGGGUCUUCACACGAGGGCUGGCCUCCACGCUGUUGCGUGCUUUCCCGGUCAAUGCUGCCACCUUUGCCACAGUCACUGUGGUGCUUACAUAUACCCGGGGUGAGGAGGCCCAGCGAGACAGUGAGGCAGUUCCAGGCACCCCUGCAACCCCUGCUGGACCUGCUCUGGCCCAGCCUUCCAGUCUGUGAUGCUGGCCAUCUCACCAACAUCUCCAGGGCCACAUUGCUGAAACAUGACACAGAUAAUGUGGCUCCUCGACCAGUCUCCUUGCUCCUUGGCUAGUGAUACCAGCUAGGCUAUACCCCACUGACCUCCUUUUUCUUAGCUGUAAACUGGGGACUCUUCCUCAUACAUGGUACAUUUGGGAAGGUCAAGCCUGGCUAAGUCUACACUCUGCAGACAGCACUACCAAGAAGAAUCUCCCAAGUCCUACACUCCAGGCUCUCUCCUGAGCCAACUGUAACAAGUUGGCCAAGGACCUACCCAUUCCCCAAAUCCUCCAGCCAUGGAGUCCCAGGAAGAUACUUGGCCACCUCUUCACAUUAAGGGGGCAGAGGAUAGUGUAGAGUGCCCCUGGUGAUUCUCAGCUGCUGCCCUUCCACUGCAGAUGGGGGCUGGGGACCUGGCACCAAACCUGUUGAGGAUCCUGCCCAUGCGGGUCCUGCAUGGGUAGCAGCAGAUAGGCUGCUGGCCUCAGUGUCUUCACAGUGAAGUUGUGUGACAGCUAUGGCAAGAGGAAGUCUUCUCAUCCCUGGGCCUCUCGCUACUUGUCUGUAAAAUGGGGAGCGGGGUCAGCCCAUGUCUAGCUCACUACUGCCAGCCAGGAUUCCCAACAGUGGGUAGGCAGGGUGGGCAGAGGAGCCCAAAAGAGCACAGUGUGAGAUUGCUCCACUUCCCAGUACGUCUUUUCUGGGCGUUCUCAGUGCCUGUGCCCCUGGUCUUGACACCAGGUAGAGUGUAACCAGUUUGGGUCCACCCAAGCAGGUGACUGUGCUCUCCAGCUGGAUGUCACUGUUGUACAGGACCCUCUAAAGGAAUAAACUCUUGUUUCCUAAGUG